GCAACGAUUGGAGUCGCUUAGUGGGCUCUGCGCUGUGGAAGAGAAUGUAUUACUGGCUCUAGACAUGACCAAUAUUGUGACUUAGUUCUGUUGUACUCAUUUCACUUUUCAAAUUAAUGGUACAUACUCCGGUUUCGAGUGAGCGACGGGUGGUUUAACGUCGACAAACAACAAUUAAAAUGCGUCAGAGUGCGGUGAUUUUCGUUGCAUGUCUUGCAAUAUGUUAUGCCAAAGUGUCGCCCAAAGUAAAAUGUACCCCCGAUCAAAUGCGGAUAGAAGUCCCAAUCUCUAGCACCACUAAGGGAGUGUAUAUCGAAGGACUAAGGGACUAUCCUGAUGUAGCUUGUAGGCCCAUAGCAACAGGGACCCUAGCAGUACUUGAACUUGACCUUCAGGACGUCUACAGAUGCGCUGUCACUAGGGCUGUGAAUAAAAAAACGGGGAAGCAAAUAUACUAUCAAACACUAAUCAUUGAGAAUGUCGAAGAAAGCGGGCACACGAUAAAGGAGACGCUGCAUGUGAAAUGUUCCAUUUUCUCAAUCAAAAACCACACCGUGUCCAAAAGAAACGUUCUUCCAGCCGGAUUUCAAGAACCAGAGGAAAUUGAAAUUCUGACCACCAACGAUACUAUAGGAAGAGCUCCGGAACCGAUUCUGGGGGUUGGGGUGAGACAAGCUGGGAAACUAGUUACAGGGGAACUCAAUGUCUCUCCUGGUACUCCACUUCAAAUGGAAAUAUUCUUAGAUAAGGUCUCGUCUCCUAUUUAUGGACUUCUUGUGACGCACAUGCAAGUGACGGAUACCAAAGCUCAAGAGGAAACUAUAAUAUACAAUGGAUGUUCUGUAGACCCAUAUCUUUUCGAGAACUUCAACACCGUUGAUGGAGACUUUUUAUCAGCCAAAUUUCGAGCUUUCAAAUUUCCUGAAUCUACAUACGUUCAAUUCAAAGGAACAGUCAACGUUUGCCUUGACAAAUGCAAGGGGGUGGAAUGCAGUGACGGACAAAUUGGAUAUGGAAGAAAAAGGAGGGCCAUUUCAGAACUUCCUGCAGAUCCGAACAAGAUUUUCGAAAUCACAAUAACCUCGUUCAUCAAGGUCGGCUCAGAAAACUCUGAAGCAGUGAACGAAGAAAAAACUUAUAAUAACAAAAAAUUCAUCGUGGGAAAUCAAAUGACAGAAACAGAUAUCGUCAAAGGUGAGAUAUCUAUAUACCCAUAUAAAAUUUUCGUGUCAAAACUACAGUCACCGUUUUUUAUGAAAUUUCGUAUGUACAUUCGGUAG